CAAAAAUGAAGCGGAAUGAACUAAGAUCGAGGAAUAUGGGGUAUUUCUUGCCCCAAACAAAUACACAUGAACAGGUCUCCAAGCCUCUCUUUUUCACAAAUAUUCAUGAAACAGCCAGACAUCAAAGAAAUUACCAACAAGUUGAGAGCGAAGAGAGGCAGAGUGAUUUUGUCUACUCCAAAUUCUAUGAUAACAAUAAUAAGCAUAUUAACAAGGAUUUCCGUCGAGAAUCUGCCAAAGAGUUUAGUAGUCUCCUUCAACAAGAGACUCAUCAGAAGGCAAAUUUUGGUGCUAAAAUUCCACAAUACCGGACAGUCGAUAGUCAAUGUUCGUACGGAAAUAUGAAAUCAAACUUUUUGAAAUACCAGGAUUCAGUAGCGAAAGAUGAAUAUUGCCAGCUUGGACAGCCCAAGGAAGGUUCCAGUGCUAUUUACGACUCCAUGCAAUUCUUGUCCAUGAAGAGAGAAAAAUCAAUGAAUAAAAAUAAUGAUUCAGGAAGUUACCUCAAAAAGGAUAAGAGUAACCCGACUUUAAAGUACCAUGCUUAUGAUCCUAGCAGAGGCAUCAAUCUGAACAUUGCCAAGGGUAACUCCCAUAAGCGAGCAAACAUGGGUAGAGAAGACGGCACUGAGCUUAGUGGGGGAAGAAUUAAUAACUAUUUCUCAAAUCAAACCUUCAUUGUCAAGUCUAAGAACCAGCCAAGGCAGGGAGCUCUAAAUGAAGAUCUUUCGAUGCAGAAUUUACUCUGAGAUAGUUUUGACGAAAAACAGCCAGACUCUCCAGACUCUGUAAAUUCAAUGUAUGAUCAGAGAAGCAAGAAGAUAGAACAAAUAGCAGACCGGCAAUAAAAAUUUGCUCUUCAGUCAGGACUAAUUUUAUCCAGAGAGAUAAAUUCUUAAUAAAGCCAUAUCUCAAGUACGAUGAUAAAGAAAAUCCUCAAAGAAGGACCACAGGUAGAGACCAGAAGCAUAUAUCUCCAGGGAAAUCAAACGCUUCUUAUCACUCACACUACCCCGAUAAUGAUGGGUCUCCAGCCUCACUAG